AUGGCAAAAGUUGUCCCUUAUGAGAGUUCUGCUUCAAAUGGAAUUCGCUUGCAAGAUAGAAGGAAAUCAGCUGCUUUAAUAGUCGACGAUCGUCGAAGUUCAAAUGCUGUAAGUCAAGUUAGGCCGAACAUUGACAGACGAAAAUCCGAGGUCCUAACUAUCCUAUUCAUGUGCGAGAGAAAUGAAUUGGAAAAAUUCUGUGAAUGAGCAAGAUAUAUUUUUAAUAUUAAAUCUUUCAGAUAGCAAAUAUUUAAUAAAAUGUGACGAUUAUUAUGAUUUUUAUUAAAAUUUUAAGCACAUGCACUUAUAAAACACAAAUUCUAUGAACUUAUUUCUGAUAAUUAAGGCUUUUAAAAUUUCAAAAAGAUUAAUAUAAGUAAAGCUUUUGCUCGCUUGCAGGGUGACAGAGUAAGCAGAUACUCAUUUCACAGAAAUUCAUUUGAGCAUAGUAUAGAAGAGUCAAUAAAGCCUGACACCACCAGAGGGUAUCAUAGAGACUUAAAUUCCUCUGAUGAAGAAAUCAGAGAAAACAUACACAAUUUAAUUCAAAAUAAAGACUUGCAUGACCAUGAAGACAAAGAAAAUCGAUCAGAAGUUUUAAGUUUAAUUAAUAUCAACCAGCGAUUUCACUCAAAAUCAGAAGCAGCACUGCUUGCAAGUGAAAGUGAGCUUAUGACCCCUUCAAUUUCUGUUCAUAGAGCCUCAGUUGAAUGUACUCCAAAUACUCCUAUGAAUCUUAAGCCAAUUCCUAAAUGUUUAUUUGUUCCUGAUUCUUUAUUUGGAAAUCUUUGAAAUACUGUAAUUAUUCUAGCACUUAUUUAUACUGCGACCUUUAUGCCUUUUCUUGUAGCUUUUUAUGACUCAGAAAAUGAAAUUUGGCAGGGAUUUGACAUAGCGAUUGACUCGAUAUUUAUUAUAGAUUUGCUGGUCAACUUUAAUAUGGCUUUUUAUAGUGAGGAUGGAGAAUUGGUGACUGAUAGAAAAAUUAUUGUCAAAACUUAUCUGAAAACGUGAUUUAUACUUGAUUUAACCGCAUCAUUCCCUUUUUCAUUUAUAUCUGUAUCAAACGGCUCGAAUGGUUCAGAUAAACUUGUAAAACUAGCAAAAAUCCCAAGAAUUUAUAGGAUUAUCAGAUUUCUUCGAGUAAUUAAAAUCGCUAAGGCAGCUCGGUUUACCCAGACAUAUCAAGAGGUGCUAGAACGAUUAAAUAUUACUGCUACAGCAGUCAGAGGGUUUAAAUUCUUUUUCAUAAUCGCUUUGCUUCUUCACCUAAUAAGCUGCUUACUCCCCCCCCCAUCCUUGAUCGAACGACUCGCCAUCGUUCGAUCAAGGAUGGGGGUUAAAAAAAAAUUUUUCGGAAAAAAAAAUUUAUAUAUAAAAUAAAAAAAUAUAUAGAUAUUUUUUUUUAUUUACUUUUAAAUAAGAGGGUUAAGAAUAUUUAAUAAUUAUUUUUACAGCAAAAAAUUUAAUUUAUUUCAUAAAAUACCAAUUUUUAAUAUUUUGAUUUAUUAGUUACCCCUUUAAAUUGUAUAAAUUUUAAUUUGUUCCUUAUUAAAUUAAUUUUUUUUUUAAUUUUAAAGAAUCUCUAUUUUAUUAGAUUAUUGAGUUUUUAAGCAUAUGUUAAUGACUAAAUCACUUCGGAUGGUUGAUUCUGCAGCUUUCUGUCGUCUCAAAGCCUCUGAAAACAACUUCAUUAUGUACAUCUUCCCAAGCUUUUGAUAACUAAUAUAUUUUUAUAUAUAUAAAAAUUUGCAUGAUAUGAAAAUCGUUCGAUCAAGGAUGGGGGUUUAAUUUCCCCAAUUUUUAGGAAUUUUUACAGUCAAUCGUUCGAUCAAGGAUGGGGGGUGGAGUUAUGAUAUUUUGAUGCAAGAAUCGAAGAUUUCAAUUGGGAAACUUGGGUAAUGAGAUAUGACCUCAUGGACACAACUGAAGACGACAAAUAUUUAUGAUGCAUUUACUGAGCAAUUACUGUAAUGGAUACUAUUGGCUAUGGAGAUAUAGUCCCUGUAAUGCUGAGUGAAAAAAUAAUCUGCCUUAUUUGGCUGUUUUUCGGAGUUUCCUUCUACUCCUACACAAUCAGUAACCUCUCCGUCAUUUUCUACAACAUGAACACCAGAAACAACUAUAUUCAAAGAAAAGAAGAAUUUCUCAAAGAAUUUGCCAAAAACGUAAAACUUCCAAAAUCAUUAUUAAACCAAGUCAAAUAUUACGUCAGGUACAACUACAAGCACAACGUUUUUUCUUGGUCAGAUAUGAAUAAUUUUUUAAAAGAAUUACCAUCAAAAUUGUAUACAAAAGUCUAUAAGCAUAUUUUCAAAGAUGUGCUGGACAAUGUAAAUUUUUUUAAAAAUAAACCUCCAGCGUUCAUAUCAGAAAUAAUGCCACUUAUGAAAUCUGUUGUGGUCCAUGAAGGAUAUGAGCUUUAUCCGUAUGGAUCUACACCAAGAGAUAUUUUUUUUCUGCUUAAAGGGAGAGUUAGGGCAAAAGAUAAACAUGAUUCUAUUUUAUUUUCGUAUGUAAGGGGCUCGUAUUUUGGAGAAACUGAGCUUUUAUUUAAAACUGACAGAAAAUCAACUACACAAGUAGAAGAAACUGCGAAUUUAUUGAAAAUUGAUGGGCAAGACUUUUUAGCUGUAUUAGAAAGAUUCCCUGAAAUAAAGUCAGAAGUCUACGAACUCGCCGAGAAGCGUUUAGCGUACUAUGAAGAGCGCAAAAGUGAAUUAAAAAAACUAAGAGAAGAGUGCGACUCAAUUGAAAUCUUGCCACAGGCUUCAAUGCAAUUAUCAGACAUAAAACCAAUUGUAGAGGAUAUAAUGAAAAUACAAGACGAAAAACCAGAAGACCCAAGCAUAAAAAUAGAAGAUAAUAAUAUAGAUGAAGAGCAAGCUUGUCAAGAAAUGAUUGCAAAAAUCAAAAAAACUGUAGUGGAUAUUAAAAAGAAAACGUCUGAAGUCAGUGAUUUUUAUUAUGAAGUUUUUAAAUUAAAAAGAGAGCAGGAGAAGACACUUCAAAUGCUGAAUGAAGUGAUUGAGUUAAUCCGGAAGAAAAAACUCAAAAAAGCAGAAAUAUAA